AGUUUCGUCUGUCCCUUCCUUUGCUUAACAUUUUCCUUGCUUUGACCUCUUUUCUUUAAAAAAAAAAAGAAAAAGAAAAAGAAAAAUCAAAAUAAUUGGUUAUUUGUAUUUACGCAAAUACGCAUCGAGAUAUGAGUGUGUAUACAAAAUUACAAAUACUAUCCAAAAGGAGAGAGAGGAACGUUAAAGCAAGGAAAGAAGAACAGGAGGAGAAGCACAAUAGGUAGGCACUGCCCUGCUGUGAAAGACAAGUUAUCAAGAAGCUGAAGUCUAAUUAUUUUUUAGCUAGUGGGAUUAUAUAAAAAAAAGAAGAGAAUAUAUAUAUAGAUCAUGGGCUUACUCUGCAGUAGAAGUCGACAUCAUACAGAAGAUACCGACGAGAAUGCACAGGCUGCUGAAAUCGAAAGACGGAUAGAGCAAGAGGCAAAGGCUGAAAAACAUAUUCGGAAACUUCUCCUACUUGGUGCUGGAGAAUCAGGAAAGUCUACUAUUUUUAAGCAGAUAAAACUUCUCUUCCAAACUGGGUUCGAUGAAGGAGAGCUAAAGAGCUAUGUUCCGGUCAUCCAUGCCAAUGUCUAUCAGACUAUAAAAUUAUUGCAUGAUGGAACGAAGGAGUUUGCUCAAAAUGAAACUGAUCCUGCAAAAUAUACGUUAUCCUCUGAAAAUAUGGCCAUUGGGGAGAAACUAUCUGAAAUUGGAGCUAGGUUAGACUAUCCGCGUCUUACCAAGGACCUCGCUGAGGGAAUAGAAACACUAUGGAAUGAUCCUGCUAUCCAGGAAACAUGUUCUCGUGGUAAUGAGCUUCAAGUUCCUGAUUGUACUAAAUAUCUGAUGGAGAAUUUGAAGAGACUUUCAGAUGUCAACUAUAUUCCAACCAAGGAGGAUGUUCUGUAUGCGAGAGUUCGCACAACUGGUGUCGUGGAAAUACAGUUCAGCCCUGUGGGAGAAAAUAAGAAAAGUGGUGAAGUGUACCGAUUGUUUGACGUGGGUGGACAGAGAAAUGAGAGAAGGAAAUGGAUUCAUCUGUUUGAAGGUGUUACUGCUGUUAUUUUCUGUGCUGCCAUCAGCGAGUACGACCAAACACUAUUUGAGGACGAGCAGAAAAACAGGAUGAUGGAGACCAAAGAACUGUUCGACUGGGUCUUGAAACAGCCCUGUUUCGAGAAAACAUCCAUCAUGCUAUUCCUCAACAAGUUUGACAUAUUUGAGAAGAAGGUUCUUGAUGUUCCGUUGAAUGUUUGCGAGUGGUUCAGAGAUUACCAACCAGUUUCGAGUGGGAAACAAGAGAUCGAGCAUGCCUACGAGUUUGUGAAGAAGAAAUUUGAGGAAUUAUAUUACCAGAACACUGCGCCGGAUCGAGUGGACAGGGUGUUUAAGAUCUACAGGACGACGGCUUUGGAUCAGAAGCUUGUGAAGAAAACGUUCAAGCUUGUAGAUGAGACUCUAAGAAGGAGAAACCUCUUGGAGGCUGGUCUUUUAUGAUUUUACUUAUUUUAUUACUCAAGUAAAUUACCUAUUUUGUGCUUUAAGAAAAAACAUUUAUUUUUAAGAAACUGAAUCACCCUAAUUGUUCUGUCUGGACUCUGGAGAAGUACAUGUGGUUCAAAAUUCGAUGUGUUUUUAUUCUCAUUAUUAUUAUUUUUUUGUCAA